UGCAAAGUUGUAUUCUUAACAUCUCUGACACUGAAAUUAUAGCAUUACAGAGAAGACCGAGCAAAGAAUACAAUCUCAGCUUGAGCUACUGAGCAGCGACAAUGGAGAGAACCAUUUUCUUACUUGUUCUCUUGACAGCUGUAGAGGGGGAUAUUGGAAAACACAUUUUUGUUCAUGAGAGAAUGACAUGGCCUGAAGCUCAGACUUACUGUAGAAAACAUUACACUGAUCUUUCUUAUGUUGGUAGCCAGAGUGAUGUAGACGGGCUCUUACAAGCUGCAGGUGCAAACAGAGUCAGAGGAUGGAUCGGCCUCCACCGAGAUCUUGGAAACAUCACUGGCUGGAAGUGGUCAGGAGGAGGACACAUUACGUUCCAAAACUGGGAGAGAAGAGAACCAAAUAAUCUUAAUAAGAAAGAGACCGCUGUAGUACUCGACACUAAUGGAAAAUGGAUCGAUGUUCCGGAAAUUAAGAACUUUCAUUUUUACUGCAUCAAUAUUACCGCAGUGGAGGAGAAGAAGUCCUGGGAGGGAGCUCUGGAGUACUGCAGAGAGAAUUACACUGACCUCCCCAGCCUGCUCACUGAGACCGAGCUCCUUCUGGCCACUGAAGGGAUCCAGAAAGAUCACAUCUCUGACAGGGUGUGGAUCGGCCUGCGUUACCUGGGGGACCGCUGGCUGUGGGUGAAUGGUGAGCCUCUGGAGUACAAGGCCUGGCCCCAAGGAGGAGAUCGGGACCACCAGUGUCCAAUACGGAAACGCUGUGGAGCUUUAACCAAAGAGGGAGUGUGGGAGAACUGGGACUGUUGGGACAAACUCAACUUCAUCUGCAUCUGAGAGAUUCACAACAUUUUAUCUGGUAAAUUCAUUAAAAUGGCUUGACAUCUAUUACUGACUUGUAUCAGAUGCAAUGUACAGAAUAUGGAAACCAGUAACACUUAUAGUACAUGUAGCUAAUACCAGCAUUGAUUCAAUUGGUAUGUCGAGGGAAGAAUAACAUAAAACACUACGGAAUAAUGUAUAUGGAAAUCUAAACUCUCAUUUUACAUUUGUUUUUUAUACUGGGUCUUUAUUAUCCUUUCUUACUGUCGUGGAAAUGUAUCAUAUAGUCUUGUUAUGUUUUAUCUCUAUAAAGUUGUUUGGCCUUAUAGUCGCUAACCCUGUGUUUUCUCACAGUUGUCAUACACAUGUCUGAUGCCCCUGUGGCUGCUGGCAUUUGAUAGACAGUAGGUGCCACUUUGGCCAUAUUAUCAGGCAAUUAGCAGAUGGAUGUUGACUGUUAUAAUUAACAUGUGAGAUGUCUCUGUGCCUUUUGUUCCCAUUUGGUAGACUGAAAUGUGUAUUGCCUGAUCCUCCCAAUGCAAUUCUACUGUAUGACUUGUGUUUCUUGUUACUCAUGGUCAGAUACUUGUAACACGUGGCUGCAGGUUAUCUGUCCUUUCAGCUGAAAUUGAUUUAAUUCUGUUAAACACUUCUGACUCUUCAUUAAAUAACAUCAAAGCUCUAACUUCUAUAUUUUUUCACUUAUUACCAGAAGGUGAUUCAUUUUUUAAUUGCCACCACAUUUACUUUCUCAUGUAUUUGACUGGUACCUGUACAUUGGCACUACUUGCCAGGUUAAGAGUUUGUUGACCUUGUUUCAUCAUUAAAAUGUGUAUAGGCCUACAUUGUCAGGCUUUUACAUACACCAUGGAUCCUCUUCUAAGACAAUGAUAACCAUUUGGAAAAUUAAAGUUGUGUUGUUUUGAAUAAGAAGUUAAAGUGCCAGAUGACAUGUUCCGUAACUCAACAAGAAAUUAACUUGUUCAACCUUUGACCUUUCCUGCAUGUUAUCAUUGUUCACUAAUUAGUGUGCCUGCUAUGCAAAACACACGGCACACUAAUUGUAUUGACCAUAUUCAUUAUUGUUAUUAUUCAUCUUCUGUGCAGAAUUAUUUGUGAAAUAUAAUAAUACCUAAAAUGUCUGAUUUCUGGGAUGUAAGCAGCAGACCUGUCAUUUGUAUUCUUCUCCAUCAUCCCUUAGCUGGGUUUCCAUAUUAUGAGCAAUUACUCACUCAACACCUUCUCAGACGUUAUUACACAAAUGCCUGUCAACCUUGUUUUCAGUCAAAUACUGGAUGUUUGACUUGUAACAACUUGUGUAAAUUCAGCAUCCUGGAAAAUAUAUAAUUCAUAUGACAUUUAGAUACUUUCAUGAU